GCCGGCGCCGUCGGUGACUCGGUGUGCGGCAACAACGCACGGACCACCGAGAAACCCUGUUCUGUUCGGAUUUCGUUUUCCUUUGUUCACUCUCUUCAGGAUCGCUUCAGCUACACUACAAUGGCUACCCAGGUAGGUACGAAUAGCUAAUCCUGGAUUCGCUCGAAAUAAGGAGUACUUGAUCUGAAAACCUAAGAGGACUUGUCCCGCCGAGGCGGAGUUCGGGGUCAGUACAAUGCGAGCGGGUCUUGAUCCGAUUUAAACGCUGACGAUGUGGGUGAGACGAAAAAUUUCUUCCUCCAAUUUCUCAGCCCUUUCUCAGCCCUUUCUAUUCUUCUUUCUUCUCGAAGCGUUCCAAGCGUUCGUCUCCAUGGGACGAGCCGUAGAUUGUGGAUGUCAGUGUCCACCACGCUGUCAAGACUUGAAGACAGACAAGGAGUCAAAACUUCAAGACUGCUCCGUGUUGGGGGGUUACCCGGGCCUGGUUACCAGGAUUGUAAUCAGCGGAAACCGGUGGACUGCCCCUCUCGAUUCCAGCCUCCUUUGCCCCUCUCCGGUCCAGGGCAUUGAAGUACAGGGCUCCAGGGCAUUGUUGAAGAGCGGGGAGCCCGCUUGGAAGGUGGAAAGCUCCCUGAAGCAAUGGACCAGACCGCUCAGCCCACGGCGCAGUGAGCACAAGUUUGGUGGACUUUGACCGCAACAGGAUCAGUGUGCGAUGAAGGUGUGGCGAAGUCUCGGACCAGGUUCCACUGAACAGGGCUCGUCCAGGGCCACCCGUGGACGAUGGGGGGGAACCUCUUACGGAUACCUCACAGGAGGAGACAGGACUCAGGAGGAGACAGGACUCAGGAGAGCUUCAGCCUUCAUCCCCUGAAUCUGCCGCCCCGUGUUUCUCUUCCCCUGAGUUUCCAUUGAGUGCAUUCCAGCUUGACGAGAGUAAGAUGAAGAGCACCUCGUUCGCAGAUGCUCAUUGCUCAGAGACAAUACACAGCCCAGUCCACUUAUGGCGGCGGGAUGCGUGCCAAGACCAAGGUGCGCCGCACAUCUUGCUGUGCUUGCAUGGGCCGGGCCAUGGGUUCAAACUUCAAGGGAGGAUGAGGCUGGCUGAAUAUUGACCUGUCUCCGUGUCUCCUUAAUCUGAUGUCUGU